UAUACUGGCUUUAAUAGAUGAGGGAGAAACAGAUUGGAAAGUCAUUGUUAUUAAUGUGGAAGACCCCGAGGCUGACAACUUUAAUGAUAUUGAUGAUGUACGAAGACUCAAGCUGGGUUAUCUUGAAGCUGCAAAGUGCUAGAUGGAAAAGCAGAAAACCAGUCUGCAUUUAAUGGGGAAUUUAAAAAUAGGGAAUCAUGGAGAUUGUCUAUGUGUACACAAAGAAGCGCAGCAAGUUUGGCCAUCAGUGUAACUUCUCGGACAGGCCAGCUGAACUGCAUGUGGAUAUUCUGCCUGACCCCACUUUUGCUGCCAGCUUUAUCUACCGAGACCCCUGUGAUGUAGCUAUACAGUGCUCACAAGAAAUGUCUGAACAUGAGGUAAACACACAGCGUUUUGAGUCUGAGACCUGUGGGAUAAACCAUGUAGAGGGAGGGUGGCCAAAGGAUGUCAACCCCUUAGAAAUGGAACAGACUAUUCGCUAUAGAAAGAAAGUGGAGAAAGAUGAGAACUAUGUGAACACUAUCAUGCCACUAGGAAAUCACAUGGAGCAUUGUAUCAAACAGAAUAAUGCUACUGAUAUUUAUCAGGAGUGCUUUGAGGAAGAAGAAAUAGAGGAUGGGACAGAGGAGCAGCCAUCAGCCAAAACCAUCAAUGUGUUCAGAGACCCUAAUGAGGUAAAGCGAACUGCCACCAGUCUUUCAUGGCACCCUGACGGUGGCCGUAAACUGGCUGUGUCCUACGCCUCUCUGGAGUUCCAAAAUGUUACCAGUAACAUGAGCCUUGACUCUUACAUCUGGGAUAUUGAGAACCCAAACAAACCUGACAUGACCCUAAAACCUGUCUCACCUCUGGUCUGUCUGGAGUAUAACCCCAAAGACUCUCACAUCUUGGUUGGUGGAAGCUACAAUGGACAGAUUGCGUACUGGGACACACGGAAAGGCAGCCAGCCGGUCGAAAUGUCCACCAUUGAGCACAGCCACAGAGAUCCAGUAUAUAAGGUUAUCUGGCUGCAAUCUAAGACAGGAACAGACUGCUUCUCUGCUUCCACUGAUGGUCAGGUUCUAUGGUGGGACAUCCGUAAGAUGAGUGAGCCUACAGAAAGGCUGGUGUUGGACCCCAGCAAAAAGGGAAACCUGGAGAACGCACUAGGUGCUAUCUCACUGGAGUUUGAAACCACCAUGCCCACAAAAUUUAUGGUUGGGACAGAGCAGGGGCUGGUGGUCUCAUGUAACCGGAAAGCCAAAACACCAGCAGAGAAGAUUGUGUGCACGUACAGUGGUCAUCAUGGGCCCAUCUAUGCUUUGCAGAGGAACCCUUUUUUCCCUAAGAAUUUCCUGACCGUGGCUGACUGGACUGCCCGUAUCUGGUCUGAGGACAUCAGAGAAUCGUCCAUCAUGUGGACCAAAUACCACAUGGCCUACCUGUCAGAUGGUUGCUGGAGUCCUGUUAGACCUUCUGUCUUUUUUACAGUCAAAAUGGAUGGCACUUUAGAUGUAUGGGAUUUCCUGUUCAAGCAGAAUGACCCCACAUUAAGUCUUAAAGUGUGUGAUGAGGCUCUGUACAGCCUACGUGUGCAGGAUAAUGGGCGUUUUCUGGGUUGCGGGUCACAGCUGGGCAAUGCCACUCUGCUUGAGAUCUCUUCAGGCCUGUGCACAUUGCAGAAAAACGAGAAAGCCCUGGCCACAGCUAUGUUCGAGCGAGAGACGAAGAGAGAGAAGAUUUUGGAAGCUCGCCACAGAGAGUUGCGUCUGAAGGAGCGGAGUCGCUCAGAGCAGAGCAAAGAGGACGAAACCAAAGAGGGAGAUGGAGAUGAAAGCACCGAGGACCUGGUGGCCUGUGCAGAGAAAGAGUUUUAUGAGAUGCUCGAGGCAGAGAUGAAGAAAAGAGAAAAAGAGGAGAAAACAGAGAAGGAGGAAGACAAGCAGGAAAAAGAGGUCUAUGAAGAAAAGGAGACAUAAAAAGAAGAAGCACCUGGCAGCCUCAUCAGUGGCGAUAAAAAAGGAGAUGUUCUAUAGAUUAAAGCACUGAAGACGUGUCUUAUCUCUUGCUUAAAAAUCAGUGCUGUUAACCACACAGCUCAGACUAAAGCAUUGACUAAAGACUGAUUAAAGAAAAUAUAUUUUGCACACAUUAUAUUUUAUUUCAUGACAUUAGUAACUGUAUUUAGAAUAAGUUGUGAUUCAUUCAUAAAUGAAAAUGCUAGCAUUAAAGUUUAAAUACUGGCUUGAA